AUGUUGCGACAUCCAGCCCGCGUCGCCCUUCGGCGCAUUCCUCUCUCGCCGGCAUUGACCACUGUGCGCCACGAGCAUGGCGUCCCUGCGACUAUAGUCGAUCGUGGCUUCUGGCGCAGCCUGAUCCCCAAGCCGAUGCGAAAGGAAAACCGCUUGCCACGCACCAAGUCGAAAGAAUGGAAUCCGGCGACAUUCUUCAUCGUCAUGUUUCUGCUCAUCGGCAGCAUGUCAAUUCAGAUGAUCGCCAUGCGCAAUGCGUUCACGCGAUACAUGCGGUUGAGCGAGGCACGCAUUGCGACGCUCAAAGAGGUGGUCGAAAAGAUACAAAAGGGAGAGACUGUAGACGUCGAAAAGGCUCUGGGCACUGGCGACCCGGAGAAAGAGCAGGGCUGGGAGGAGGGUAAGUUUCGCUUGGCGUGUCUGAAGGAGGAAAUGCUUACAUUGAUGGCAGUUCUGCGAGCAAUCGAGCAGGACAGCGGCGAGCCGAAGGCUUCCAAGAAGAGCAAACGCCGGGAGCCAGAACCCGAAGCAGCGAAGCAGCCUGAGAAAGCGGCACCGACGACAAAUACUGCGCAGUCCACUGGAAAACCAUCGUCAGGAUAUAGCAGCUUUUUCUGA